UUUGACAAUAAUGUAAGGUUUUGACGAGGCAAUUUAGCUUAAUACUCAAUUGAACAAAAAUAAAUCGUGUAAUCAAGCAUUUAGUCAUCUCCUAUUUAUAAAAAAGUUUCACAUACCAAAGUGUCUUGAUCUAUAUAUAUAAGCAUCUAGACAAGGCGGCCUGAUAAUCCGACAAUACUAUGUUAUUUCCUUUACUUGUAUUGAGCAUCUUUACUUUGUUCGUUGGAUCUAUAGGAAUUCUUGAGAAUACAAUAUGAUCUGGACCAAGUAUUUGUGUACAUAUAUAUCACUGUCCCUACAUUAAUGUAGUACCAUUUCUCUCCUACUUAUUUCUUCUCUACAAAUUGGAUGGACAAUAAGUUCAUACCAACUUGUUUAGAAGGAAUGGCAGAUAAAUCAAGAGUAUUCAUACAUCCCAACACUUAUCAUAGUAAAAGGGAGGCUGCUGCUGUUCAUGGCAGCACCGAAGGCGGCAGUGGUGGUGGUGACGAUGCCGGUUGCCCCAGUGGUAUUGGCAGCAUGAAGUCAUCUUCAUCAUCACCAGAGGGAGUGCUUUCAAGUUCAGAAUCCAGUUCUCCAGUAAAUGAGGCAUCUGCUACAGCUUUGAAUCAUAGAUUCUCAGAAGAAAAUUUGCUCAAAGAUCAAUAUCAUGCACAUUCUUUCCUUCCUGGAUUGAAUCCUGUGAGCCAAAAUGGAUCUUCUAUCGAAGGGAUAAAUUAUGUUCCUUUGAAAUUUCUCGAAUCAUUCCCAGCUAUAAAUAAAGCUCAAGCAUCUGAAUCUUGUUCAUCAUCUCCUUCUUUAUCUGUCAAUUCAAGAUUCCCAAAUUUAGGACUGUUUCUUCAGAAUCCAUCACCCUCACGGAAUUCAUUAUUCUCCAUGCCUCAACUUGAUCAAAACCAACUUCAGACAGGAAAAGAAGGGCUGAAAAUGAAUCAAAACCUAACAAAUUAUUCUUCAAAGGGUUUCAGUGAGUAUUGGCUUAGCACUACUAAAACUCAACCAAUGAAGUUUACAGGGAGAGGUCAGAAUGAAAAUGGGAAACGUGUCAGAAAUGGAAACGCUGGCGUUCUAGAAGUUUCUUAUCAACGCGAGGGAUCGUCUUCUUCAGGUAAGCUUUUCCGAGGAGUAAGGCAAAGGCAUUGGGGAAAAUGGGUUGCAGAAAUAAGAUUACCACGAAACCGUACACGGGUUUGGUUGGGGACUUUUGACACUGCAGAAGAGGCAGCUGUUGCUUAUGAUACAGCUGCUUAUAUACUAAGAGGUGAUUAUGCACAUCUAAAUUUCCCAGAUUUGAAGCAUCAAAUCAAGACUAAUUCCAUGAAUAACAAUACAGCAGCCCUUCUUGAAGCCAAAAUAAGAGCAAUGUCAAAAGGUAUCCCCGCUUCAGAUAAGGCCAUUGAUCAUGAUCGAAAGGCAAUAUUUUUGCAAGAAGAUUCGGUGGUUAAAGGUAAUUCGAAGCAAAAAUCAUCUUCAAGAAAAGAAUGGCCAUUGAUGGAGUUGGAGAACAAAGCUGGAUUGGAUCAGAUGAUUGAGAAUAAGAAGAAUAUUCAAGAUGCGUUAUCAGAUAUUGAUACAGUUCAGUUAAGCAGAAUUCCAUCACUGGACAUGGAUACGAUAUGGGAUUCACUUCUUGUUUCAGAUUCAUGAACACAGAAGCUGGAUUUGAUUGUGAAAAUCCACGAAUUCUCGUACUUUGGGGACAUGUUUGGUGUAUAUCGCUCAACAAUAUAGUGUAAUGAAUAAAAUUUUAACUUUUCUUCUUUAAUCAUAUCCAUUGUUGUCUAUUGUAUGCCUCAUCGAUGUUCCAUUGGUACUUUGAUGCAGAAGGACAUUAAAAUUGAUAUUUCAUUGUUAA